CAAAGAACGGAAUUUGUAGAGGUUAGUUAAAAGGAAAAGAAAUUUCUGUAUUGAUGGUGUUUAGAAAUUUUGACAUAUUUCUCUAUCAUGUCACAUAAUACCCUAAAAUCUAUGGGACAUGGAUUUUGCGAUGCAAUUUUUUCGAGUUCACCCAUUAAUUUCGAUAAAGAGGAUAUAAAUUAUCAAAAUGAAAAGGAAGAAAUAUGUUCUGACGUACUUGAUACACCUCAAAGAGGAAUUCAAAAUCCUAAUGAAAAUAAAUCUUUAAAACUUGAAAAACGUAAAAUAUUACUUGACAACGAUAUUGAAAAUUCUAAAUCAACAAAUACACUUUGUGCUGCAAAUCUAACUCGUCCAAAAUUUGUAAAUAUAUUCCAAAGAAAACAAGUUUUAUUUCCUGAACAUGCAGUGUGUGAUUCAAAGUAUAAAACUUGUACAAAAGUAGUAUCGACAGCUUCGUUGACUGAAAAGAUUUCAACUAUUCACCCUUGCACUCCCAAACAACAUAAAAUUCAUACUAGUACAAGCAAUACAAAAAUAAAUAUCUUACCUUUGAAUAAAACACCUGUGAAACGUUAUUUUAGUGAGAAUGUUUUAUCACAAGCUACACCUGAUUGUUUUAAUGUUGUUCAAGUUGAGACACCAUGUGGUAAAUCAAAUGAAAUUGAUAUUGAUGAUCAAACAGUAUAUGAAGAAGAAAAUAGCAAUUUGACUGUAGGUAUACGUAUUAGACCUCUGAACACAAAAGAAUUAAAUGAUUCAAAAAUUACAUCAGUUAUUCAAGUAAAUGGUCAAAAUAUUAUUAUCACUUGUGAAUCUGUUCAGCAUACUUUCACAUAUGAUCAUUGUUUUAUGUCACAAAUGGAUGCAUCAGAAUCUGGAUAUGCUAACCAAGAGAUAGUGUUUAAAAAUAUGGUUUUACCAUUGGUGCAAAAUGCUUUUGAAGGAUAUAAUGUGUGUUUAUUUGCUUAUGGACAAACAGGCUCUGGUAAAAGUUAUAGCAUGAUGGGUCAAGAGUCUGCCCAAGUUAAUACAAUAUUAAUUGACGAAGCAGUUGGUAUUAUUCCAAGAUUUUGUCAAGAAAUAUUUACGAGGAUGUCUACUAAUAUGAAUACUAAAACUACAGUAGAAAUUAGUUAUUUUGAAAUUUAUAAUGAAAAAAUACACGAUCUUUUAACAAAUGUUACAAAUGGAGUAAAAAGAGCUCCUCUUAAAGUAAGAGAACAUCCUGUAUUUGGGCCAUAUAUUGUUGAUUUAAGUCAACAUUGUGUACAAAAUUACAAAGACUUACAGACUUGGCUCAAAGUAGGCAAUUCACAACGAGCUACAGCAGCAACUGGAAUGAAUGAAAAAAGUUCAAGAUCUCAUAGUAUAUUUAGUAUUAUAUUAACACAAGCUCAAAUAAAUAAUCAAUUAAAUAAUGAAUCUAUGGAUACUAGUCGUCGUAGUAAAAUUAAUUUAGUGGAUUUAGCUGGUAGCGAAAGAUUAAGUCAAACUUGUGCAAGUGGUGAUAGAUUAAAGGAAGGAGUAUCUAUCAAUAAAUCGUUGCUUACAUUGGGGAAAGUAAUCGCAUCUCUAGCUGAAAACACUAGUAAUCGUAAACGAGGUUUUGUUCCAUACCGUGAAUCUGUUCUUACAUGGCUACUGAAGGAAAGUCUCGGAGGGAACUCGAGAACAGCAAUGCUUGGAACUGUAUCACCGGCUAAUAUACACAUAGAAGAGACGCUUGCAACACUCCGAUACGCUUGUCAAGCUCGAGCUAUUGUUAAUCGUGUUCGAAUUAAUGAAGAUCCGCAUGAGAAAUUAAUCCGGGAAUUGAAAGCGGAAGUAUUGCGAUUACGUGGUGUUCGUGAAGGGUACGAAAAGCAACUUGGAAUUUUCCCACAUCGCCUCCUCGACACCGUCGAACCGAUUAACCAAAGUAACGAUGAAAUUAAACAGAAACAACAAGAGAUUGAUAAACUGAGGCAUCAAUUAAAGAAGACCGAGGAACAGCUUGUGACUUCUCAAAUGACUUGGCAAAUGAAAUUACGGGAUACCGAGGAAAAGAAAAAUUCUGAAAUAAAGUACUUACGUCGCUGUGGUAUCGCUAUCGACUUCGAUUUUCGUCAGAAGGAUAAGCAACCUUGUCUUAUAAAUCUCGCGGCCGAUCCUAUGUUAUCUGGUACACUUUUGUAUCUCAUUCCUCCAGGAUUUGUACGCAUCGGAAGAAGUUCUGCUUGUCAGAGCUUUUCCGAACAUUUGGAUAUCAUGUAGUAACUGGCAAAGUUAUUUUAAAACAUGGCGAUCGAUUAGUAAUUGGCGGCAAUCAUUAUUUUAAAGUCUCAAAUCCAUAUGAUGAACGUAGCAACAUACAAAUUUCAACACAGGCUGUAGACUAUGAAUUUGCUCAUCAAGAAAUUUUGAAAGUGCAAGAAGAAAAAUUAAGGGCAGAACUAGAAGAAAGUAAGCAGAAAGCAAUAAAGGAAUUAGAAAAUGCAAAACGAGAAGUUGAAAUGCAAUUGGGAUCGCAAAAAAUAUCGUAUGAACGUAAAAUUGAAAUUCUUGGUUCUACAGUUCAAGAGCAGAAGGUUGCAUUGGAACAAAUUCACCAAAGGAAGAAAGAGUUGGAAUUAGAAAAAGAAUUGCUUGAAAAUGAAGUUGAGGCAAACAAUAGGUUGAAACAAAUACAAUUAGAUCAAAAAAGAGUUAAUGUUACACCAUAUAAAUCUAAUUUUUUACAAGAAUUGGAAAGUAUUUUAAAUGAAAGAACAGCAGAUGCUGAAUUUGCUCUUAAGAUGAAAGCUAGUAUAGAAGCAAUAGGCGAUGGUGGUAUUAGUCUACAUGAAAUGCAAAUAUUGGUAAGAGAAGCUACUGAACGAUGCAGAGAAGUUGGCAUUAAUUAUGAGUUUGAUCAACAGCAAACAAUUACCAAUAAAAGUCUAAAACCAGUAAUUCGUAUACGUAACAAAGAUAGUAUGAAAGAGACAUUUUGGCAGCCAAUGCGAUUUUUAGAUUGGGUUCAUCGUUUACGAGAUUAUGACAUAGAAGAUUCAAUAAAGGAACUAUGUGCAUCAGAAGAAACUUGGGAACCCUAUGAAAAUACGGAAACUUUUGAAGAUUCCUUAAAUAAUAGCCGAAUUUCAAUAAAUAUGACGCCAGUCAAAAAGCAUUUGAACGAGAGUUUACAACAACUCUCAUUAGAUACAUCUGUACUUGGAAGUACAUUAAUUAACCAAACGUUUGAUAUUUCCAAAGAUCAUGAAACCAUAAAUACAUGUCUUAUUCAAAUGGAACUUGCUACAAAAACUUUACGUAAAUUAUAUAGUAAAAAUGGUGGAAUUCAGUCGGUUAUGGAAUCACUUGAUAAUAUGCAAAGUAUAAUUUCUAGCUUACGUGAAACUUUAGAAAUAGAGGACACAAAUAAAUAUUCCAAUGAAAGUAUAAUUUCUAACCAGAAUUUUAGUGGUAGUGUAAUAGAAAGUUUAGACACAAUUUCCAAAAAUAUAAAAUUUGUUUCAACAACAAAAUCUACUUUACGUAAUAAUGCUAAAGGUUUUGACAGGAAAAGUGUAAGAUUUACAGAUAAAUUAAAACAAGAUUUAACUUAGUAACAAAAAAUUAACUUCAUGUAAUUAAAUAAGAUUGCUAUUUAGAGAGAGACCUAAAACGUACAUUAAUAAUAUACUGUAAAGAUAUUAAAUGGAGUAAAAAAAUAUGUUUAGCUAUAUUCAUAUGUAAAUGUAUCAUUUUAUUUCUUAUUACUCAUAAGCACUCGUAAUAUUUAUACAGACACAUCUAUACAAAAUAUGAAUAUUUAAUUAAAUUUGUAUAAGAUUUGUAAAAUUAGAAUAAUAUUACUGAAACAAAAUUGAAGUAAGCGUUUUUUAGAUAAAUUAAUGCUAAACUAAUGAAAUGUCAUACAAGUGUGUUAAGUUGAAUUCUUAUAUACAGUUAAUCAAAAUAAUCCUCAAUAUCAAUAUCAGGAUUUAGUAAAUCUUCUCCAUAAAUACUUAAAUCUAAUUGAUUAAGUAUUAAAUUUUCGCACAUUUCUUCUAAGUCAGUAUCUCCAAUUAAUACUGCUCCUUGCAUUUUGCUAUCUUUCAGUAUAAGUUUUAUGUAUUCUGUUCCUUUAGUCAUUCGUAAUAAUAUCUCAUAGUUAUCUAACUUUUGUCCAUUGUACAAACCAAGUAAAACUACCUUAUAGCCAAAAAAUUUAGUUACAUGAGUGAAAAAUUCGAAACAAAAAUCUUGCAAGAACUCUUCAUUUUUUAACUUAGAAACCAUCGAUUUUGCAACAUAUUGACCCAUUUGAUGUGCCUGAGUCCACAGUCUCAUUUGAAACCAAUGUCUUGCUAAUUCCCACCCUGCACUACAUACAUCUCCAGCAGCAUAUAUAUCUUGUUUCGAAGUUUCCAAUUUCCAAUCUACUAAUAGCCCCCCAUCUCCACUUUUUUUUAUAUCUUCCAAACCUAUUAUGUCAGAAUUUGGUAUUACACCUGUUGCUGAUACAAUAAAGUCACAGCCAAUAAUUUUCUUAUUUGUUAAUUCGAUAUAUAUAGGCCAUUCUUCUGUAGGAUCAAAUUCUGUUUGUUCUGAUUUGUUAAGAAUUUUAAUUAUCUCACAUUCAUAUUCUAUUUGUACUUUUGCAGAUUUAAGGAAAAUACCUUUUACAUCAAAAUUAUUAUGCCAAUCUGGACCUAAAGCUGGUCCACCUGUUACAGCUGGAGUAUUUGAGAUAGUAUAUUUCAUUCUUUUAGUUAAAGAAUUAACAUUAGUAUAUAUGUGUUUAUCAGUUUUGUAUACUCUAUCCAUGAAAAAUUCUGCUGCCCCGGGAUCAACAAAUGUUGCAGAAAUAUGUUUAUCUUUAAUUACCCAUAUCAUUUCAACACCAUCUACUUCGUUUAUAAGUUCAGUAGCAAUACCUCCAUUUCCAACUAUUACAAUCCUUCUGGAAUUUUUUAUUUUUUGAGAAAAUUGAAGAACUGAUUCUGUGUCUCUUAUUCCUAAUAUAAAAUUAUUAUGUUCUUCUAUGAGUUUCGGUUUAGCACCAUUACAGAGACAUAACAUUUUAUAGUUUAUAAUUCUUCCAUUUUUGGUUUUCACUUGUUUAUUUAAAGAAUCUAUCUUUAUCACAAAAUCAUUAAUGAUUUUCAAUGAACUAUGUGCUUUCAUUAAGACUGACAUGUCUUUUUCCUCUACAUCAAACUGCAUUAAUGUUUUACCAAGUGGAACCAUAUUUGUAACUGCUUUUAUUAAAGAACUUGCUGUAAUUAGGAUUAUUUGUUCUUUUGGAGCAAGAAAAGUUAUACUUUCAGCACAAGAUACUCCUGCUAUACCUCCACCUACUAUUGCAAAUGUACAAUUCAUUUCUUUUUCAUCCAUUUUGUAUGCUUUAUUUGAUAUUAAUAUAUUAUAUAUAUUUUUUUAAAUACAUGUUAGAAAUCAACACAUUAAUUUUUCCAUUCUGAAUAAUCAUAAUAUCUAAAAGGAACAUCAUAUGUCAGCAAACCAUAUUCUUUUGCUCUGGUUACUGCUACACGUAAAUCUUUGUAAGCCCUUUGACAAAGGCCAGUAUAACUGUAAGUAAAAGAGAAACAAUGUAAUUAUAUAAAUAUUCUAUAACUUUUGUUAACUUUAAGAAGUUUACUUACUUAUAACUUAAAAUUCUUCCAUCAUGUUCAGAAAUAAAUUGUUUUAUUAAAUCAAUAUUACGAUAAUCCAGAAUUAGAUAUUCAUCCCUGCAUAUUGGACAUGGACUACCAGUAGAAAUUACACCACUCCUCUAAUAAAUUUUUAGAAUUAUUUUAAUAAAUUAAUUAACAAAUAUAUUUUAUAUAUUUUCUUAAAAACACGUACAAUACAAGUUCUUCGUGUUUUCUGUGGGGGAAUUUGACCUUUGUAAUUUCGUCUAUAAAAUUUCCAAACAGGAUAUUCUCCAUAGGUUUUUUUAUAAGCUAAUACAAGAAAUUAAUUAUGAUAAUUAAAGUUAUAUUAAAACAAAACUCAUGUUAUAUAAUUACAUACCACUACUUUUUAGGUAUUUUAUGCUAAUUUCUACAGGAAUAAUUGUUGUUCUAUCUUUUGAAAUAGGAAUCUCUUUAUCGUUUUGGUCUACAAUUGUAUCAUGUAUAAAUUUCACGGGUAUAACCUAUAAAAUUUUUCAAAACAUUAAAUCACUUUCAAUAAUGAUUAUUUUUUUUCUGAUUCUUACUUUUGGAGUUAAAUUAAGUCGAAAAAGAGAUGUAACUAAUUUAUUCAAUAUUAGUGACAUUUUAAUCGCAAAAGUUCCUAACUAUAUUGAAAGUUAUAUCGCUGAAUUAUAACGAUUAAUUAAGAACCGGAAUCUGAGAUGUUCAAACACAAUGUAUUUUAACAAUUAUCUUAAUACUUACAAAUUUAUUAAGUUUAUUACAAUAAAUUUAUAUUUUGUAUUUUCAUGAUUAUUUAUUUUAAUUUUUUUAAAAUAUUUAAAACAGUUUGAUAUUAGUUAUUAGUACUGAAAGUAUAUUUUAGAAGAUUAAGUUACGUAAAUUUUUUUAAGUGUAAAAAUAAUUUUUUUUAUUUUGAAAGAAAUAUGUAAUAUAAUUCUUGUUAAUUAUUAUUAAAAUUUAUUUGAGGAAGUUAUUGAUUUGACUAAAUAUUAUUCAUGCUUCAUAUUGAAAGUUAGUCAGAAAAUGUAUUGAAUAUUUUAUAAAAUGUGUAUAUUUAAGUUAUAUUUUAUUUUUAACUAAAUUAUGUAUUUUUUGUAUUUAAUUAUUUUAAGUAUUUAUAAUUUCAAUAGAUUUUAUUAAAUGAAACAUACUUACGUUUGACUCUCUUAUAAAAAAAUAGAACAUUUCCGGUUUGGGCGUAACAGCAGCUUCUACGUAGUUAGGUGAGAAUAAUUUUACUUCAGUUAAAAGUAGCUUUUUUUUUUUAUUGUUCAACAAGAUAUUACAAGAAAAGCAACAUAAAGGUAAUAAAAAUAAAAUUUAAACAAUGUUUGAUUGCAGAUGGCAGAUGAACAAGAAGAUAUUUACGGAUUUUGGACAAUCUUGUAG